CACGUGUCUCCCUCUGGCCUGCCAGCGGACCAUGUGGAGAGUCAAGAUGGCGGCGCGGUGGAGGGGGAAAGACGGGGAAUUAAAUACCGGCAUCAGCGACCUUAUGGCCAGCAACACCCUCAAUGAGUCGGUUCUGAGCAGAGCAGCUGUGGAAGGUGUGGACAUGGACACACCGUCCUGUGUGGAUCACUCCAUCCUGGCCAUUCUUGAAGACUCCACUAUUGCUCCACUGUCAGAGUGCAAGAACCGAGCUGAGGAAGAAAGCGAGCAUCUCCUGUCUGCCCUGACUGAGAUGCUGGACAGUGUGGAGGAUGAUGGUAGCACUCUGUCUCCUUUCGACACGCUGCCAGACACCAAGCUCCUCAGCCACACAAAGCACAGGGACAACACAGUGGAAUCAUCGUUUGCUCACAGACUUAGACCAAGAUCUAAAAACACCAACUACAGCAUCCACAAUGAAGAGUGAUGGAGAGAAAGGCCAGAAGGGCAAAACAGAGAAAAACGCUCUAUCGCAGACCUUUAAACUACAAAGCCAGAUUUUCAUUCAAAAAAUAAGGCAGAUGCUGAAGUUGAGGUUUUUACCUCAACUUCUCUUGUCAGCUUGGUGAAGCUCAUGCACCCCUACUGUCUGAAGCUGCAUGUGGAGGAAGGGGACAAACUGAGGACACAUCCUGCCAUAUUCUCCCAGGAAGAGGUGUUGAGGUAUGAAGACCUACUGAAGAGAGUGACGAAGAGAUAAAUGUUGUAUCUGAUGAUGAGGCACCUGUAAGAGAGACAAAGAAAGGAGAUGAGGUAGAUGGAAGUAGAGAUAGUGGACAAGUCCUUAAGAGCGUGUUGCUGAAUGGAAGAUCUCCACCAUCCAGAGGGAAGAAAAGAGUGAGCUUUGGCCCUGUUCAAGUGGCUUCAUUGGAUGAAUCAGUGGAAAAUGCAUUGAAUGAGAGAAGUCCAACAAGAUGUCACACUAGUGAAACUGAGUCAGUUCCACUAAACAGCACAAACACACUUCAGAAUCCAGCUACUGAAGCCUCAACAACGUCCUCAGAUAUGAAUUGUAACAAGACUACUGAGGACCAGCAGCCUAAAGGUCAGGCCAAGGCCAAAUCACUCAGCCUCCAACAGUACAGACAGCUGCGCCAGAGGAGACAGCCCCUGGUAGAGAAACAGGGGAACAACACUACCAAAUGGCCCUCAGUUCCUGAGCCCCCUAAGGAACUGACCCCCAUCCUCUGUUUGCAGAAACAAAACAGCUGCAGACCAAAGACAGCACAUCACUAUCCGGACCUCCGUAAACCUGACUACAUGUCAUCCUGUCGUGUCUCUUCAACACACAGGCUUCAGCCCUCUGAGGCCAGAUCUUCCACUCACAGCAGACUAAACCGCCAGAGCACUGAAUCCAAAGUCAUUUCACCUACCAGUCCACUGGCAGGUGGCAUUGUUCCUGAACGCAAGAAAAGUCCAGUGAAGAAGCCAACACCACUUAGCAGUGAUCCCCCAAAUCCUGUCCUCCUUCCCCUGCCAGUUCUUCAGAUAGCAUCACCAUCCACUUCCAACUCCUCAUCAGCAUCUAAAGUGGAGUUUUCCUCCAGAGAUUCGAGUCUGCAGGGUAACAGACAGCUGCAAGAAAUCCAUAAUGAAUCCUCAGCUGCAACUCUUCAGAGACAGACAUUUUCCUCAGAGCUAAAUCCCCAGGUGUCAGCUCUAAUCAAAGAUUGUAACCAAGAGAGCACUGCACUGCUUCAGGACAUGAAGACAGUGUUUACUGAAAUACCUCCAGAUGAUUCCUCUACCUCUCAGGAACAAAAAACUUCACAAUGCAUAAAACCACAGAUUCAAAAAUGCAGUCUGAGCUCACUGAAAGAUUCCCAGCCCUUAGCAAGAACUCCACCGGCACUGAGUCCUGAUACAAAGAGACCGAUAAAAUGCUCCUCCGUCACCCCACAUUUCAGUCAGCCACUUCAGUCUCACAUAGAUGCUUCUGGAUCAGCAACAGAGGUCCAAACUCACAGCAUGAGUCCUCCUGAGGAACCACCACCCCCUCAAUCUGGGUGCAGAGUGCAGGGAGCAACAGCCGGCUCAGGAAUUGAAGCGUCUGAUCUGACCAGCUUGCUGGAACAGUUUGAGGAAACACAAGCUAAAGAAGAGGGAGUUUGUGAGAACGAGCCCGCUCUUGUUCGUGCUGCUUCAUUACCGUUGAUGCCCUCUGUGGGACCACUUGAAUCUUUAAGCACUUCAGAAACUCAGAAGCUCCAAACAUUGGAGGGUAUGGAUGUCCCUGAGCCCCUCAGCACUGAAAUAAUCCUGAGCACUCAGCAGCCUGCAAGACGGAAAAAUCCUCUAUCCAAGGUCAUUCAGAUAAUUGACCCCCGUCCUCUGCCGUCCAGGAAGACUCACACAACUCCGUCAGAGUCACGUGCAACUCGUGCUUCUCCUCACAUGUAUGCACACAUAUCCUCCGAUCAUGAUUACUGUGGUUCUGUAGAUCAUUCUCCUGCUAAUGCUUUUCAGCGUAGCAGAGCUAAGCCCUCUUUACUCAAGGAUGCUUCUCAAACCACAAAUGACCAGCACAUGAUGACCCAGGACUUAAAUGCUGCAGGUGAAGAGAAAACCCAGAUCACAACUGUGCUUCUGCAUCACUCAGAGCAACCCAGGACCAGAUCAGAGAUAGACAAAGCUCUGCAGUUUGCAAAUUGUGCUACCACAGAAGAUAAUAGGACAAGUGGAAACAAGACAGCUCCAUGCACCUUCCCAACGCCUCCACCCAGCCCCCCUGUCAGAGGCAGAGAGAAGAGGAGAUACAGGAGAAGAUCACCACGGUCUGACUCAAGCUCCGGCUCCCGGUCCUCAUCCUCUUCUUCCUCCUCCAGCUCUGCAUCUCGCUCUCCAAAAAGACUAAGGCUCCAUCACAAGCGUUCGGAGAGCAGCUCGUGUUCAUCAUCCCCCUCUUGCUCCGUGUCCCGCUCCCCUCCUCGGCGCUACAGGUCAAGGCGCUACACGUCAAGAUCCAGCAGGUCAAGAUCCAGAUCUUGGUCCACAUCCCGGUCCAGGUCACCAUCCCCACAAAUAUGCUGUAGGCGGUGGAGAGACUUUUGUAGCAGCAGAGAGUCCAGGAAGCUCAGGAGAGAGCACGACAUGAGGAUUCAGAAACUGAAAGCCAUAGAUGAACGGCGGGUGGUGUAUGUCGGCCGUAUCCGCAGGUCCAUGACUCACGACGAACUGAGAGAACGCUUCUCUCAGUUUGGAGAAGUGGAGUGUGUGUCACUUCACUUCAGGGAUAGAGGUGACCACUAUGGCUUUGUUACAUUCUACAAUAUGGAAGAUGCUUUUGCAGCCAUCGAUAAUGGUGGAAAACUACGGCAGCCCGAUGAGCUGCCGUUUGACAUCUGCUUCGGUGGAAGAAGGCAGUUUUGUAGUUCAGACUACACAGAUCUCGAUGCAAACAGAGACGCAGAAGCGUCUCCUUCCAGGACCAGGUUUGAGGACCUCGACUUUGAUUCGUUGCUGAAGCAGGCCCAGAGAGGAUCAAAGAGGUAGCAGAGCAGAGUGGACGAACAGCAGCACAAAUCUGGAGCUGCAAAAGGAACAUUUUCACAAACCUCAGAGCAUCGUGCUCAUACUGGCAUGGGAAACUUUUUAUGAAUUUUAUUAUUUUGCUAUAAUGUAUACGCAUGCAGGUUUUGAUGUGUACAGUUUAUAUGUAUGGAAAACAUAGAGUACGGUUUAUAUGUACAAAUAUGUAGCAUUUGUAUGCUUGCAGUUUCAUGUAUAAAACUGAUAAUGUAGCACUUGAUGUGAAGACAAGGUUUUUAUUGCAUUCCAGAGCACUGAUAAAGUUUUCUGUAUUAAAAUAAAAGCAAUUUAUUGUUUUUCCCAUUUAAUUGGUUUUAUUUUAGUUAUUAGAUGUAUGAAAAUACACCUUUAUUUCUGGUGGGGAGCUUAUGCUGUUGGUUUGGCUUGUGUGUUUCUUUGAUGUGGCUUGGCCUAAUGUAGAAGGGAUUUGCUUUUUGAGUAGAUCCACAUUUGAAUCUACUCUAUGUCGGUGGAGUAGAUUGGACAUUUAGAAUCAUAUUUUCACAAAUAUUAAAACUAAAUAAAAGAUUGGUAGACAUGUUGAUGUUGAACCAGAUCCAGAUAUCUGUGGAAGGCAGAGGUUUGUACCACUCCUUUACAUUGGUGAGCUUUGGAUAAAGGGUGUGAUAUAUUGUUCUUUACUUCUCUCAGU